UUUAAAUAUUUUUCUUUUCCUUCUCCCUCCCUUUUUCUACGGAUAGAACUGGAACUACUGAGGUAGAUUAAUUGAUUGUGAAUCACAUUACAGAUUGAUAUAUUUUUGUUACGUGAGGUUGUUGAAGAUUUCGAGGAUGGAGGAGUACUUACAGUACAUGAAAACUUUACGCUCUCAUAUGAACGACGUUGAGGAUCAAGCAGCGAAGGUUUCUGCCGAAGAGCAAACACAGAUCACUACUAUUCAGACUCUGAAGAACGAGGUUGAUAUAGCUAAAUCUGAAACAAAGCUACUAAAGGAGGAUUCUGACCUAUUGAUGAAGGGAAAGGAACACAUAUGUUCUCAGAUUUUAGAAAGACGAAAUAAAAUUGCUUUGUUGGAAAAUGAUUCGUCCACACUUUCACAGACAUUGGAGCUUAUCCAACAGGAAAGAUGCAACUUGUCAACCAAACUUGUUGAGAAGCGUGCAUUCUAUGGCAUGACUGAAGAGGAGAUCAACACCAAUUUAAAAGAACAACAGGACUGGUUGGAUUCAUACAAGUCUAGUUCAGAGAUUGGAGAGCAUGGUUUGGUCAACACACGAAUUGACCACAGGGAUACUAAAUCUUCAGGAAACUAUGAUUUUACAACCCUAGUCACAAGUGGAAAUCUGAAUGAUGCAUACAACAAUACAAUGACAAAGGUUGAUGCUGCCAAAGCUAAAUUUGACAAGCUAACACAAAUGAGAUCUGAACUUGCCUCAGAACAUCACAAGGUGAAGGAAUCAUUGGAGAAACUGAAGGGUAGAGUUGAAAAUUUUAAGCCAGAACUAAGGGAUAUGCCUAGUGAGACCCUGGAAGAGGAGCUUCAAGCUCUUAUUUCUGACAAAUCUGGAGAAACUCAGUAUCAUGAAUCUAUGCAAAACCAAAUCGACACUAUUAAGGGAAUUUCACACAUGGUUAAAUGUGGUUGUGGAGAGGAGUACAAAGUAGAAGUGGAUAUUUGUUUGUAAUAGAAACAUGUCACAACUCAACAAAAGGGUCUUUAGUCUUUACACAAAGUCCAUUGUAUGGAGCUUGAGUAAACUCACUAAUCAUUGGCAUACGUAUGAGUGCAAAAAACUCCUUAUUGCUAUCAUAUUAGAUAUGAAUGCAAUCAACUUCUUGUUACUGUUAUAUGUUGUAAUAUAAAAUAAUUUAGGAUGUUACACACAUGUAAAUAUUUUUUUGGAUGACUUUCCACUCGUGAAAUACGUUUUUGUA